AUGGAUAAUUUGCUGCUCGCAGAGCGUGCUGCAGAGAAAGUUGGCAAGCUAGAGGCUAGAAAAUUUGUCAUGCGGCAACUACAUCUUCAAACCCGUUUCAAUCGCAUCUGCCAUUACCGAAGAGCUUUAUAUAAAGCUCCUAACAAGAUUCUGGUUUGGCUCGAGCUUGUGCGGAACGCGAGGGCCAAGUAUGGCAACGACGAUAUCGAUAUCUACAACUUUGAGGAAACCGGGUUUAUAACGGAUAUUGUCACCUUAGCCAUGGUGGUUAAGGCGACCUACCGCCUGGCAAACUGGUACUCAAAGUACAGCCUACUAGUAAAGAAUGACACCUCCUGGAUGCUAGGGAUUGACGGUCGCUCAAGCCAUCUUUCAGCCGGUUUCGACCAGUUCUGUAAAGGGAAGAAGGCCAUCAUAACCUUCAUGGCAUCUCACUCAUCGCCAGUGACCCUGUUGGAUUAG